AUGGAGGAAAAGCUGAAAUCACUCUUGGUACAGGAAAGGGACAAGAACCCAGUGAUGGACAUGGAUAAUCUGGGGGGAGCAGGAAGUCUGGCUUCCCCUCUGAAAUUUAAGAACCAGGACUUUGCUCGCUUGAGAGACCACUGCCUGAAUCGCCGUCUCCUUUUCGAAGAUGAUACAUUCCCCGCACACAGCAGUUCCAUUGGGUCUCAUUUGCUCCCUGAAGUCCAACUGCAUCAAAUAGAGUGGCUCAGACCAACUGAACUACUCAGCAACCCCCAUUUAAUUGUGGAUGGUAUGAGCAGGUUUGAUAUUGUUCAAGGGCAAGUAGGUGAUUGCUGGGUUCUAGCAGCUCUGGGGUCUUUGACUCUACAAAAACGGUUCCUGGGAAACGUUGUUCCGAAAGACCAAGGAUUCGAACAGAAUUACGCUGGAAUUUUUCAUUUUCGGUUCUGGUACUUUGGACAUUGGGUAGAUGUGGUGAUAGAUGACCGAUUGCCUUUUCUCAAUGGGAGAUACUUAUCUGUCCAUCCCCACAGGAAAAAUGAAUUCUGGCCGCCACUGCUUGAAAAAGCCUAUGCCAAGUUGCGUGGCUCCUAUCAGAAGUUGCACUGGGGCUUCAUUUCAGAGGCUUUAGUGGACUUCACCGGUGGAGUCGAGGUAUCUUUUAACCUUAAGAGCCCCUCUUCUUUUCUACACGAGAUAGUGAAAAAUGCUGCUAAUUCAGGAUGUCUCAUGGGGUGCACCACUCCAGAAGCAGAGUCCAGAGAUAACAUCGAGCUGAAGAAUGGAAUUGUGCUAGGUCAUGCCUACACCGUUGUAUCGGCCACAGAGGUUCCCUACAUGGAUGGGAAAGAACAUUUAAUCAGAAUUUGGAAUCCUUGGGGCCAUGGGGAGUGGAAAGGAGCUUGGAGCGAUAGCUCCGGGGAGUGGGAUCGAGUUCCGAAACAAUACAAGAAAACUCUCUAUGAGAACAAGGAUAAUGGCGAGUUUUGGAUGUCAUGUAAAGAUUUCCAAGAGAAUUUUACAACUCUGUGUGUUUGCAAUAAUGUGCCAACAUUCCUGAACUUUGGAGAGCAAAGCAAUUGGUCCAUGGACAUGCAUGUCAUACAUCAUAAUGGUGCCUUUUCAAGAAACCCUCAAUAUUCCAUCCAGGUACUGGAGCCUGAGAUGAAAAACUACAACGUUGUGGUGUCCGUGGCACAAAAGCCUAUGAAUAAUACAAGGCCCAUUGGUUUCCUGAUAGACAAGGUUGGGCCACAGGGCAGAAACAGAUAUUACAAGAUGGCGCUUGUGCAAAUGCGAGAUAUCACUAAUUACUUUCACUUGCUACCUGGGACCUACGUCAUUGCUCCCACUGCAUCACAAGAAGGUCAAGACUUUGAGUUCCUUCUGCGAAUCUUUCUGAAGAAUCCAAAGAACCUCAGGGAACCAAAUACUGAGCUCAUUCGAGCAGAAGGGACAACGGGAAAAGAUGGAGCUAGUGCUGUGCCAAAAUCUCUCCUCAAGCGGAAUCAAGACAACUCCUACGAAAACAUCUUCCUAAGAUAUGCUAAACAGGGUUCCUAUUUGGAUGCCUCACAACUGCAAAGAAUCCUUAAUGAAGUAGUCCUGGAAGAUCUAAUGGCCAGUCUGGGAAGCGGAGAUGGAUUCAGCUUCGAUUCAUGCAGGAGCCUUUUAGCUCUGAUGGAUAUAGAUGCCAAUGGACUACUUACACUGCAAAACUUUGAAAAACUUUGGAAAGAUAUCAAAAAGUAUAAGGACAUUUUUAGAAGCGAAGAUGAAAAUGAUCAUGGAUUCCUCAAUGUUUCCAAUUUGGGAAAAGCAAUACAGAAUACAGGUGUAUCCAUCAGCGACAAACUCCUCCAGAUGAUGGCCACGCGGUACGGGGACACCUCCAUGAGGAUAAACUUUCCAGAUUUUGUGUGCUGCAUGGUCCGGCUUGAAACUAUGGAAAAGGUAUUUCGCAAUUUGUCAGCAGAUGGGAGAAAAAUCUGUUUCACUGAAGACGAGAACGGGGUGGCCACAGGGGCGGCCAAUCAGAGCUCGGCGGGCGCAAUCAGAGAGGGGGGGAGGCGAAGGCAGUCGCUGAGGCACCGCGGGCAUGAGAAGGACGAUGUCCGGAAGGGAGGGGCGCUGGUGGUGGGAGUCGCCCGUCCGCUCGUUCUUUCCCGGAGAGACUCGUCAGCGCAGCACCUUCUGAGAUUUGGGACUGGGCUAAGUAAGGCUCAAGUGAGUGAAAAAUCCUUCUAUGGAAACUGA